AUCCAUUCAAAAUGAAAUCUCAAGUAUUUAAAGGAUACACAUACAUUCAUAAACAUAUAUUGAUUAAUCUUCAAGAUUAUAGUUUAAUUUACUUAUCAUCAUAGAAAAUGUAUGCAACAAGACUCCUUUCCAUGUACAAAAGAAAUCCAAGUGCUCUCUCAGAUCCACCUCCAUCAGGGCCAAAUUCAGGUUAUCUUGUGAUAUUUGAUGAAGAAGCUCAAACCUACUCUUGUUUUGGAUUAUGCAAGAACAAUAGAAUCAAGAAUUUUCCAUUCCCUCAGAACAAAUAUUUAACCAUCGAGUAUUCAGUAGGAGAAGACACUCAUACAGAAAAAGCUAUGUUCAUUCCAGUAUUGAAUCAACCAUUGUCUUCAAAUCGAUACUAUGUUUUGAAAAGGAAGGGGAAGAAUCAAGGGCAAGCUAGCACAAGUUCAAAGGAAGAGGACAAGGCCACAUGUUUAUGCUGCAGUUUUGUCCGUGAUGUUAAACCAAAGCCUUUGGAGCCUUUCGAUGAUUAUCAACAGGUUGAAAUAAUCAAAAAACGUUAUGGUUUUCAAGCAAAAUCGGUUGCUUCAGAUGGAAUUCCUCCUGGUUUAUUAAGGGAAAAAGGAUGGACACUUCAUGCCAAAAAUAAUAAAUGACAAAAAUCUUUGAAACCCUCACCUUAGAUUAACUUGAGAAAUACUCAAUGCUCCCGUGAUAAAAAUAGGUCGCAACUUAGGUUUCUAGAGUUAUUGCCUUUUGGGCCAAAAAUAUUGUGAUCCUUUCAACAUUAAAAGACUUCUAAGAUGAGUUUCAAACACAUAGAUCAUUAAGAAACAUAUCAUAAUCACUUUGUUUCAAUUGUCAUUUCUUAUGUUUUUUUUUUCUCAUUUUCUACUCCAAAAGGUUGAAGCAUUCACACUUUAAUAAGGAUGAAGUGGUAUUCUAUAUCCAUCCCUCACAUGCAAGGACCAAAUAUCUUAGGAAUCUUUUUCUUCUAUAGGAGUUGGUGUAGAAAUAUGUCACCCAGGUUUCAAUGACGAAGCAGAGGAUGGAGUUAAAGUAGGCUUAACCACGUGAGACAUGAUAUCAGUGAUGUAUGGAAACUCUAUUUUUAUGAACUAAAGAUUGCGUUCAGGGUUGUUGAAACGAUGGAGAAGGGUAUCAUGCCUCAUCUCAUGAUGAAUAGAUGUGAAAUAGUGGAUAGGGGUGAAAAUAGACUGGGUCGAGUUCGGCUUUGUCAAGCCUCAUCCUGGCCUGUCAAAAAAACUGAAGCCUAAGCCUGGCCCGUCGUUUGUGAGACUAUUUGUUUAAGAGAACUUAUGAAAACAAUGUUCAUCACGUGUUUUCAUCUUAUUUUCACAAGGUCUUUAAGAUAAUCAAGUUUUAUUUAUGUAUUUUAAUUAAAAGUACAAAACAUAACAUAAUGACAAUAAAAAGUUAUUCAUAUUUAUUUAAAUAGGCCGCUCUGAUAGACUUAAAAGGUUUUUUUUAGGGUCUGAGGCCUAGUCUUUUUAACUAUAUAGGCUUAUAAAAAAGUCUAGGGCUUUUCUCUUUAAAAAAAGUGUGGCCUAGCCUGAACCUGUAUAAACUAGUCUGUAGGCCCCUGUUAUCGGCCUGGCCUAUUUCCACCCCUAAUAGUGGACAUAAAAUGAGUUUAUGUUAGGUGUGUUGCACUUUUUAUGGUUUAUUGUGAAGGGGGCAUGUUCAUUAUUAGCCAUUAUAGUUGGAUGUGGUUUUGUAGGUUUUAGAAUUGGCUUAACACUAAGGGCACAUUUGGAUUGAUGGAAUGGAAUAUGUUUUUGGUAUAUAAUUAGACUCCAUUGUUGAAUUUAUAAAUAUUUGAUUGAGUGGAAUGGAAAAUAAUGGAAUUCAUUUCAUCCUAUUUCAUUCAAUCCUUCAAUUUUUAUUCCACCUAAAUUGGGAUGUAUGCAAUGGAAUAAGCUAAGUUGUUAUGUUUUGUUCCAUUAAAUUAUAAAAAAAUACACAAACAAUGAGAUGGAAUCUCUAUUUUAUUCCGCUUUACUCCACUCCAUUGUAUCAUGUUUCAUUCCGCUCUGCUUCGUUCUAGACCAUUAAUCCAAACAUAGCCUAAAGAUUCUUAUGUGAAGGAAUGAGAGAAUUCAAACUUUUUAAAACUUCACAUUAUCAAAUAUUUUCUCAAAUAGAGGUGUGAACAAGGGUAGUUACAAUUUCAAAACUCAACAAUAACAUAAAUAACCAACAACUUUUGCACUGCAAUGUAAAAGCCAACACGGGGAGAGUGAAGUUUUACACUAUGGUGUAGUUUUUAUUAUUUCAAGUAUGACAAUAUGACCAUUUUUGCCCUUCCUAAAGCAUGCCACCCGCCUUUUCAUUUAAAUAUCAACAUCAAGGAUUGUCUCUGUAACGCCCCGAAUUUACUUAGAAUUAUUUUCGAUUAGUUGUGAUUUGAUGACGUGUUAGUGUUUGUGUUAUCUGUGAUUUCUUGAUGUUUUGAUACCUUGGAUAAGGGUAGUUGCCUUAGAAUUUAUAAGGAAUGAAGUUAGAUGCUUUGGUGUGGGGUAUUGCCUUAAGAUUUAUAAUAAUUAAGGUCUUGUGAAAGAUU